AUGUCACAGAAAUUUGAGUACAUUCACAAGAUGAUGCAGAAAUGCUUCUUUGGUGAUUUCACCCUGCUGGAAUUCCAGCUUCAGAAAGAGGGAGACCUGCAGCUUGUGGAAAAGUAUAAGCCUCACAAAGAUGGCCAGCAUCUCAGAAUUAUGCUUCAUGGACCACCAGGUGCUGGAAAGUCCAGCUUCAUCAACUCUGUCGACAGUGUUUUAAGAAACCAAAUAGCAGCUCGCGCUCUGGCAGCGAACAGCUCUGGUGACAGUUUCACCAUUGCAUGCAGAACAUAUAAAAUUCAGAAAGAAGAUCCAGGAAGGUUUUACCCUUUUGUCUUCACUGACACCAUGGGCCUUGAGAAAGGCACUAACAGAGGAAUUCAAAUGGACGACAUCAAACUUGCCCUUAGUGGACAUGUAAGAGAAGGUUACAGGUUCAAUCCUACAGCUCCCUUACAUAAAACUGAUCCUAACUACAACAGUUCCCCCACUAUAAAUGACAAAACCCACGUUCUGGCUUUUGUUGUUCCCGCCGACACACUGAGCUUAAUCGAUGAUGAAACUGUGAGGAAGAUGAAGGAUGUCAGAUUAGCAGCUCGUGACAAAAUGAUCCCCCAAAUAGCUCUGCUCACUAAAAUCGAUGAAGCCUGUCCUGAAGUCAACAAAGACAUAAAGAACGCCUACAAGAGCAAGUACUUGAUCGAGCAGAUGGAAAAAAUGAGCUCGAUCCUGGGUAUUCCAAUGAACUGCAUCUUUCUCGUGAAGAACUACCACACAGAAAUUGAGACGAAUAACAACAUGGAUUCACUGAUACUGUGUGCACUGAAAAAGAUCAUCCACUAUGGAGAGGACUACCUGAAUGACUUACGUAGACUUAGAACCACCUGA